AUGGAGGUGAAAGCGGUGAAAGCGAAAGUGAAAGCAGCGAAACCCGCCAGGCCACCUGCCAGCGCUUCACCGCCCGCUUCACCGCCCGCGCCGGUCGAUGCCAAGCCGGCCAAGCCGGCCAAGCCGGCGGCGAAGCCGGCGGCGACGCCGGCGGCGAAGCAGGUGCCGGCGUUGAAGGCCCUGGCCGCUCCGAAGUCGCGGAUUGCCUCAACAACUGGAGGUAGCGCCAAGUCGCAAGCUGCCAAGGUCCCUGGAUCACGGCCUUUGACCCGGGUGUCCAGUAAAGCACUGGAGAAGAAGGCCAAGGAGAUGGAACAGAACGUCAAGGCAGCACAGGCUGCCUGCUUGAGGGACAGCCGUCAAAGCUCUGGACGCUUGAAGUCCCUGGAGGCGGAAGCUGCAUCUCUCCGUAGAGCACUGGAGGCUUAA